UUCUACAAUUUUAGCGACGCACGAAGGACAAUGCGCAAACAUUUACGUGAUUUUACAUGUUUACAAUGAGAUUUGAUAACGUGUAACAUAUAAGGAUGCAAAUCAUGCUGUUACGUUGACAGGACGCGGCAAAGGAUUGUAAUUAAAGCAAGGAAUACUUGGUGCUACUUCGAAGAUACCAUGGAACUGAGGUGCACUAUACAGCAAUAUGCCUGGGGCAAAUAUGGAUGGAGCAGUGAGGUGGCUCUGCUCCAUAGCAGCGGCAAUCCAGACUUUACGAUUGAUGAUGCGACACCAUAUGCAGAAUUAUGGAUGGGGACUCAUCCAAAUGGGCCCUCAGUUCUGAAAGGUUCCAGCCAGGAACUUGGCGAUUGGAUACAGACUCAUCCUACAAGUCUUGGAGCCAAAGUCACGGAGAAAUUUGGAGUGCAGCUUCCAUUCCUGUUCAAAGUAUUGUCUGUCAAUCAAGCAUUAUCUGUUCAGGCUCACCCAGACAAGACACUCGCUGAGAAACUCCACUGUAAGCAUCCAGACAUUUACAAGGAUCCAAACCACAAGCCAGAGCUUGCCAUUGCGCUCACACCGUUUGAAGCUUUGUGUGGCUUCAGACCUAUUGAAGAAAUAAAACAUUUUUUAGAAGUGGUACCAGAACUGAGAAAAGUUGUCGGGCAGGAAGUGGCGAAUGAGCUGCUGGCGAGCGAUGAAGCAGGAAUGCACCAAGCCCUGAAGAACUGCUUUAGCUCUCUGAUGACAUGCCCCAAAGAGACUAUACAAGUGCAGCUUCAGGCACUACAGGAAAGACUGGCAUCCCUAGUGUAUACCUCUUACCCAGACGAGAGUUCUCUGGCCGACCAGAAUGCUGCGCUCCUUCGGACACUGCACCUCACUUACCCAGGAGAUGUGGGCUGUUUCAGCAUCUAUUUCCUGAACCAUCUCAUUCUUCAGCCAGGCGAAGCUAUGUACCUUGGCACAAACGAACCGCACGCAUAUAUACACGGAGACUGCAUCGAGUGCAUGGCAUGUUCUGACAAUGUUGUUCGUGCUGGUCUCACGCCGAAAUACAAGGAUGUGGAGACGCUGUGCAGUAUGCUCACGUACAGCUGUGAACCUUCACAUGCAAAACGUUUCCAAGGCAUCCAAGAAGACGAGUGUACACUGACAUUCCGCCCACCAGUUGCAGAUUUCUCCGUGGCUAAAAUUAAUAUUCCAGCCAUGAUGACUGACCAUUCACUCAUUCCACGGGACAGUGCUUCCAUUCUCAUCGUGAUCAGCGGACAAGCAACUGCUGGUGAUCUCGUGUUAGAACGUGGCAGCAUCAUUUUCCUUCCAUCAGACCAAGUGCUGAAUAUACACUGUGCUCAAAGUACACAGGACCUUCUAAUGUUUCAAGCAAUGUGUAAUCUAUAGUACACUGCAAGUGUAUAUGCACAUAAAAUGCUUUUCUGUAUAAUGGAGAAAUAUUUUUCCACUUCUCAUUAUGGUUCUGAAAGUUUAUCUUGAAAAAAUAAAA